GAAGGUAGGGACCCCUGCUCGAGGGACUCGCAGUAAUACAGAUCUGCAGAACAAGCAACAACAGCAUUUGUCCAAUAAUACAGGAACCGUACACUGAGAUGGAGGCCAGGCAACAGGGUCUGCUGGAGAAACAACCUCUUCAAGAAGUAGAUGAAGAUGUGGUAGCAGCCCUGAGCAACAGUGUUUCUGAUGAAGAAAGAGAAGAGAUGCAAGUAGAGCUAGACAAGCUAGAAGAAGAAAUCUCCACAUUGAGACAAGUUCUGACUGCCAAAGAGAAGCACCACGCCGAGUUAAAACAGAAACUCGGAGUUAAUCCACUAAGUGAAUUCAGACAGAACUUUAAUAAAAGCUGGCAUGAAAUGCAGACCUCCACAGCGUACAGGAAGACACAGGAGACCUUCAGCACUGCAGGACAAAAGGCCUCUGCGGCUUUGAGUAACGUAGGCACUGCAAUCAGCAGGAAGUUUGGCGAUAUGAGGAAUUCCUCUAGUUUCAAGUCCUUCGAAGAGAAGGUUGAAAGCACUGUAUCCACUUUAAAGUCCAAAGUGGGAGUUCCAAGUAACAGUGGAGGAAGUUUUGAAGAGGUCCUGUCAUCCACUGCCCAUGUGAGUGCCCAGGUCACCCCUGCUGUUGCUACCAAGCUGGCAGAGCAGUGAGCAGCAGUGUUAGAACACCAACUGACCUCACAUUCUGAGCACACUGAGGGAGGACGAUCCCGAGAGACGAGGCCUGAGGAUUCAACUGACAGUAGAACUACUUUUAGAGGCCUGUGUUUUAAAACCUCUCUGUUGUUACUUACAAGAGUGAAAAAAAGAUUGUUUGCAUCAGACUCGCACAUAUCUUCUGGAAAGUUGCCUCAAAAUUAGUUUUACUUAAGAUAUUUAUAAGCACAACUGUGCAUUACUUUGAAUAUGAAAUGUUUC